AGAGUGUUCAAAUGCUCUGGAGGCCAUGUCCCAAGGCGCAACUUGUGCUGUGAAAGUUGUGGCCAACAUUGUUGUCAACAUCAUUUCCAUCCUGUCACUGGUGGCUUUUCUCGACACUGUACUCUCCUGGCUGGGUGCAAUGUUUGGCUGUCCACAACUCAGCUUCACGCUCAUCUGCUCCUAUGUCUUCAUGCCUCUGUCCUUCAUGAUGGGGGUUUCCUGGGAGGACAGUUUCAUUGUUGCUGAGCUGAUCGGCAUAAAGGCAUUCCUCAAUGAGUUCAUGGCCUAUCAGAAGUUGUCAAAAUUAAUCAAGAGACGGAAGGCAGGAGGUCCUGAAUAUGUGAACGAUGUAAAGCAGUAUAUUUCU